AUGGCGGACAGCCGGGCAGUGCCGAAGGACAGGGUCCUGACCCUGGAGUCCAUGAACCCCCACGUCCGGAAGGUGGAGUACGCCGUGCGGGGGCCCAUCGUUGCCCGGGCCAACCAGCUGCAGAAGGAGUUGAAGCAGGGGGUCAAGAAGCCCUUCGCGGAAGUGAUUGCAGCCAACAUUGGGGACGCGCAAGCUAUGGGGCAGAAGCCCAUCACUUUCGUGCGCCAGGUCAGCGCCCUCUGCAUGUACCCCGAACUCCUGAAUUCCCCCGAUUUUCCUGAAGACGCAAAACAGAAAGCCCGGCGACUCCUGGCCGCGUGCGGAGGGCAGAGCAUUGGGGCCUACAGUGCCAGUCCUGGGAUCGAGCUCAUCCGACAGGAUGUGGCUGCCUUCAUCCAACGCCGAGAUGGGGGGAUCCCCUCCAACCCGGAGAACAUCUACCUGUCGACGGGGGCCAGCAGUGCCGUGGUG